CUACUGACGACUGUAGUCUAUCUGCUGGCCUUCCCCCUAGUAGUAACGUGUAAUAUUUGUGUGCGAAAUAAAUUUCAAAGAAAUCGUAUGCAUUUAACUAAAUAUAUAUACAUAUGUAUAUACUUAAAAAUGUAAUUUAAAACAGCAAUUUUCGGGUGAAAUUCUUUUUUUAUUAACUCUCUUAUUUGCUUAUCAGCCGAAAAAUAUGAGUUGAGGUGAAACGUUGAAGCGGCUUGUCGUGAAGAAAUCAAAAAUCUAAAAAAAAAAACAACAACAACACACAACAACGGAAAAAAACUUAAAAGAGAUAAGACACGAAAAUGGUGUACUCCAUACAGAACUCGGAGACAGGUGAACUGCAUUAUAUACAUCGCGAUUUGACCGAUAUAAGACAACAAGUUUUGGACUUGGAAACUGGUGAACCUUUAAAUGGCACAGAAGUAAAGGUGCGCUAUGUGAAGCAUAAUAAUUUUCAAAUACCGAAGCGGUAUCUGUGUGACGCUAACGACAAAGAAGCGGAGGAGGUGGAGACAGCCAUUUACAAUGGCGAAAGCACAACAACCGCCACAACUACAGAUAAUGCAACGGAAGAGCAGUCUCGACAAUCGUAUAAGAAAGAGGAUUUCAUCAAAAUGGACGGUGUGAAAAAUGAUAUCAUUUUUGGCUAUCAAAAGGAGACUUAUCAAAUAUUUCUUAUACCGACCUUAUUUUGCUUCUCCAUUGGCUUAUGUUUUAUAUUGCUUGUGAUCGAGGGGUUUCUACACUGUUGGGUACAUAAGAAAAACUCAUUGAACACUAGUAAAAUAUAUUACUUUCGCAGUCCACUGCAUUUGCUGACGUCACAAUUUUGUGCGAUUUGUCGCAGUGAGAAUGAAAUGAAGAAAAUCGAAAUUUUCCAAGCGUUGAAUAAGCAAAUGCUACAAGCGGCUAAACAAUCGAAAACUUUAAAAGAUAUGAGCAAAGUUAUAACCUAGAUAUGUGUGCUGGACUUCAGCGUAUGAUGCCGUUAGACGUAGCAAGUGAAAUGCUUUCGGAAAGUCGGUGCUAAAUUUUGAAAAAUUUACGGAAAGGCAUCGAGAGAUCAUAAUUUAUAUAAAGGAUUAAUUAUAUUGAAAUUUAUGAAUUUCUGAAAUUGAUUCUAUUUAACCGUUUUACAAAAACAAUAAGACCAUAUUCAUAUGAGAUAUCAAUACUCCUUGACAGCUAAAUGAAAGCAAUUUACUUGCCACAUCUCUAUAUAAUUUUAUUAUUUAUACUACACUUUAUUAAAUAAAUCGAUAAUUUCAUUGAAAAGGA